AUUACAUAUAUAUUUAUUAUACCAGUCGUAUAAGUGCGAUAAAUAUCAAGUGUUCUUUCCUAAUCUCAAAAUUUUAAUUUGAAGAGUUGGCCAGUACUACUAAACGCAGUGAAAAAAUGAACUGGUGGAUCCUGGGUUGGUGGUCCAUUGGAUUUUUGGUAUCUGUGGCAUGGAGCCAACCGGAAGAAGAUCGAGUGCUUCAUAAGACAUCCGACUUCUCAAAAAAAGAGAAUUUUGUAGCCGAUAGAUCUAUGCCUCUUGGUCUUACUGAUGACGAAAUAAAAACGAUACAAAAACUUUUUGCCAAACGAGUGGGUCUAGAUCACUAUAAGGAAAUAGAUGCAGCGACCUUCAGAAGUCUUUUAGAAAAUGUGUUCGUCACUCAAGAAAGGGGACUGCUAAGUAUUAUUAAAAAUAACGCUUAUUGUGGACUGUGCAAACUACUCAUUUUAAAAAUUCAAUCGUCUGGACUUACUAAAAAAGUAGCCGAAUUCAUAUGUAAUACGUACAAUCUAGAGGCUACAUUGAAUUCUACUGGAUUCUGUAAACACGUUGUAGACCUUAAUAUGCCUGUCCUGGAGUACGUAGUCAACAAUAGUAAAAUCUUGGAUCCAGAAUUGGCCUGUACGAUCCUUCUACAAACACGAGACUGCUACUAUCCUAAUCCAGCACUUUCUUGGGUUGCAGAUAUACCCCAAUCAACACCCGUUUAUCCAAAUAAUACUAAAGAUCCAAGUAAAAAAAGUUUAAAAGUCCUUCACCUAACAGAUGCACAUAUUUCGUUGGACUAUGAACAUAACGGAGCAGUUGAAUGUGGCUAUCUGCUUUGUUGUAAGAAAGGACUGGGCAAUGUAACAAAAGGAAAAAAUGCUGGCUAUUGGGGAGAAUAUGAUUGUGACAUUCCUCCUUGGCUUUAUGAGAGUACUCUACAACAUAUAAGCAAUACUCAUAAGGACUUGGACUACAUUUAUUUUACUGGAGACGUUGUUGAUCAUACAAUCUGGAACACGACAAUUGAAUCAAAUACAAAGGUGAUUACCUAUGCUUUUAGAGCUUUACAAGAAAAAUUUCCUACGACUCCGGUGUUUGCUGUAAUUGGAAAUCACGAAUCGCAUCCAGCUAAUGUAUAUGCUCCUCAUAAAGAAGACAUAUUAGCCAAAGGUCUAUCCACUAGCUGGCUGUAUGAUCUAAUGGCGAAACUGUGGAGUCCAUGGUUACCUGAGAACGCAUUAAACACAGUUCGACUGCAAGGUUACUAUGCUUAUUCGGUCAGUGAUAGGUUUAAAAUCAUUGUAUUAAACAAUAAUGUAUGUUUUAGUUUUAACUGGUUUUUAUUAUUAGACACAGAAUAUAUAAAAGAGCAACUACAAUUUCUGAUCCGAGAAUUAGAAGAAUCAGAGCAAAAGAGGCAAUUCGUUCACAUUCUUGCUCAUAUAUCGGUCGGUAAUAAAGAAUGUAUAGAGCCAUGGGAGGUUAGCUACAAUAAAAUAGUCCAAAGAUAUGCUCAUAUUAUAAAAGGACAGUUUGUUGGUCACACUCACACUGACGAACUUAAAAUUUUCUAUGACAAAGAAAAGAAUCCUAUUAAUGUAGUUUACAAUGGAGCAAGUUUAACGCCGUUUGUGCAAUAUAAUCCAAAUUACAAAAUAAUGCACGUUGAUCCGGAUACAUUAGAUAUUCUUGAUAUAGACACGUAUUAUUUCAAUUUGACCGAAGCUAAUCUCUAUCCAGAUAGGAGUCCAGCAUGGAAAAAAUUAUAUUCCAUGAAAGAAGCCUACGAUCUACCAGAUCUAUCGCCGGAAAGUUUUGAUGUAUUUGCCGAUAAAUUGUUUAACGAUACAGCUCUUAUGAAUUUAUACUAUCGGAAUUAUGUCAGCCUUGGUGAUGCAUCUCUGAAAGAAGGCUGUGAUAGCAAGUGUCUUCAUAACAUACGUUGCAAAGUUGUUACUACAAGUUCUCUACAUCCACAAAAAAAGCAGUGUUUAGACUAAUAACGUUUUUUAAAUAUUGUUUAAGUUUAAAAAAGUAUUUAUUGUUGAAAAUUAAAGAAAUAAAAUUUAUUAUUAACCUUUC